GGCUAAUUCAUCUGCAUACUAAAAAAAUAAGUUGCGAUCUGAAGACGAAACGAAUCUACAGUCCGUCUACCGCAAAUCCCUAUCCUCAUCCUAGCACAUACUUUGCUGUGCUUGGAGCGCGGAAAUGGCCGGCUCUCAGCUCAAGAGAUUAAAGGCCUCCCUCAGGGAAAAGGGUGUUAUAGGCCCACAGCUGUCGAAGAAGCAGAAGAAGAAGAAUGCGCUAGAGGGGAAGGCAACCAACAACCGAAGAUUGCAAAAGACGGCCGACCUGGCGGGAAUCCGAGAGCAGUUCAACCCUUUCGAUUUUAAGCAUAAUGCCCGCGGCCCCAAGUUCCAGGUGACAAGCAAUAGACCUGCCACCAAUGCUGCUAAGGGAAGACCAGGCGAGACAAAGUCGCUUAGCGAGGAGAGGAGACGUCAGACCCUACUCGUAGAACUAAACCGGCGCCAUAAAGUCGGUGGCAUACUCGAUCGGCGAUUUGGAGAGAAUGAUCCACACAUGACCCCGGAGGAGAAGAUGCGGGAACGAUUCGUGAGGGAAAAGCAGAGCCACAAGACCUCCGUAUUCAACCUCGAGGAUGACGAGCCUAGCGAGGGCCUAACCCACCUUGGAAAAUCAUUAUCGUUCAAUGAGCCGGAUUUGGCGGACGACUUUGAGGAGGACCUCUCAGCAGGAUCCGACGGAACCACUUCCGACGGCGGCGACGACGAGCGCCGCGGUUCGAAGCGCAUGCGCCCCCCCAGUCUCGAAGCCGAGGACGGUGGCCAGAUAGAGGGGCAGCCGGAAAGGAAGAAGACCAAGCAAGAGGUCAUGAAGGAAGUCAUGGCCAAAUCAAAAUUUUACAAAGCUGAGCGGCAAGCAGCAAAAGACGCCGACGAGGAUCUACGAGAGGAGCUCGAUAUGGAACUUUCAGAUCUCCGGAGUCUUCUUUUCAACAGCAAAAGGGCACCCCCCAGCUCGGAGAACCACGAACCAGGAUCCGCUGCUGAUGCUGCCAAGGAGAGGAUGGAGCGUGAUUACGAUAUGCGCCUCAGACAGCUAGCGCAAGAUAGGAGAGCGCAACCUAGCGAUCGGACAAAGACGGAUGAGGAGAAAGCUCAAGAGGAGUCCGAAAGGCUGAAGGAGCUAGAAGAGAAGAGAAUCAAGAGGAUGCGUGGGGAACAAGUCAGCGAGGACGAGGGUGAAGACGGCAAUGCCAAUUCUCACCAAGAACCCGAACCGACUAACGGCCCAAUACUAUUCACGGAAACACCCGAGGACAACUUUGGACUAGGGAAGGGGAUUAAAACUCGGCCAACGGCGACCGAACUCGGGUUUGAUGAUGAAGACGACUUCCUCAUAGAAGAGGACCUGAUCGCUAGCGACUCGGAUCUAGAGCCUAUCGAAGAAGAUGACGCGUCGUCAGACGAGGGAGAAUCGAAUGACGACGAUGACGACGAAUUCACGAAAGGGCUACUAAACGAAGAGGAAGCGCAAAACCCGGCGUUCGGCAGCCGGCUCGCGGGCACUGCUGCUGCUGCUUCCACCUCGGUCGAGGCUAAGGAGGAUCCGAAUGGACUUCCUUACACUUUCCCUUGUCCGCAGAGCGUAGAUGAGCUUGUCGAAAUGACACAAGGCAUUCUAGUAGAGCAGCUCCCGACUGUGGUGCAACGAGUCAGGGCACUAUAUCACCCGAAGUUGGAUAGCAACAACAAAUCGAAGCUCGCCAAUUUUGCGGUUGUCCUCGUUCGAUAUCUGGCUCAUCUAUCAAAUCGGGCUACAAAGCUACCACUGUUCUCCAUUCUCGAAAGCCUCAUCCGACAUAUCCACUCUCUCGCGAAAUCCUAUCCGGUCGAGAUCGCCAACGAGUUCCGUUCGCAACUGGGGGAAUUUGGGCGAUCAAGACCAUUAUCGCCCAACCUGGGCGACUUCGUGGUCUUGACGGCGGUCGGAAGCAUCUUUCCUACCUCGGAUCAUUUCCAUCAAGUAGCAACCCCCGCCAGCCUUCUCAUCGCGCGCAACCUUGAGAAAGUCCCGAAGAGUCUUGCGGAUUAUGCGCAGGGCGCCUACUUAUCCACCUUAGCUCUCCAAUACCAGCAGGUCUCCAAGCGUUAUAUACCCGAAGUAAUGAACUUCUGUCUUAACACUCUAUGCGCUUUAGCACCCAAGAAAGUGGAAGAAAUCCCACGAUCUUUCCCGGUUCAUGAACCCGCAGCGGGAAUUCGCAUCGCUAAUGCCCAGUCGUUUGGGGUUAGAAAACUGACUCCCGCGGACUGUCUCGGAGUUGAGCUAUCCGACGAGGCGGCCACAUCGGCAAAAUUAGCAAUCCUAGCCACCACGAUCCAAUUGCUAGACGCAGCAGCGGACCUCUUCAGCGGCAAAUCAGCCUUCACAGAAACGUUCGAGCCGGUACAGGCAUUGCUGGCGCACCUAGCCAGCGAGCGGUGCCGGGGGGAGCUUCCGGCGGCGCUGGCGGAGCGGGCGGCGCGGAGCGGACAGCGGGUGGCGAGGGGCUUGGGAGCGGCGCGGGCGGGGCGGCGGCCGCUGGAACUGCACCACCACCGGCCGCUCGCGAUCGCGGGGGCGGUGCCCAAGUUUGAGGAAGGCUUCGACCCGAGCAAGCACUACGACCCGGACCGGGAGCGGGCGGCGCUGGCGCGGCUGCGGGCAGAGCACCGGCGGGAGCGCAAGGGGGCGCUGCGCGAGCUGCGCCGCGACGCCAGCUUCGUCGCGCGCGAGCAGCUCCGCGCCAAGCGCGCCCGCGACGAGGCCUACGACCGCAAGUACCGCCGCCUCGUCGCCGAGAUCCAGGGCGAGGAGGGCCGCGAGGCGAACCAGUACGAGCGCGAGAAGCAGAUGCGGAAGCGCGCCGGCGCGAGGAAGUAGGGCGCCCAGACGAAUUAUUUACCUAUAUACCUAUUUAUAUCAUCUUGUUGCGGCUGUGGCGACUACUCGCGUGUACGCGACCAAGCUCGUGGGGCGGUGGCCGUAAUACUAUGUAUCUAUCUACUAGUGAGAAUAGCGGUGCUAGGCGGCUUAAAGAGGGAGAGCGCCCGGGAAAGAGAGCGGCCUUGCGGUGCUGGAGUAGGAAUAUAAGCAUAAUAGCUGUUUUUUCCACCUCCUGAUGAGUCUGAGCGAUGGUUUCCCCCCCUAA